AUGGCGAUUCAGGUGACCGUUGCUCCUUCGUCGGUUGCUCCUUCUUCCCACACAAAGGCACAAAUUGUCAUAAAUUAUGAUUUCUCCGUUCUUGGUGGAUCGUACGAGACUUUGACUCCGUCUUCAUGCAGAUCCGAUCGCCGGAAAUUCGCUACUUUAGCGUUCGUUCUUUUUCUUUCUGAUCGGAGACGGAGGCAUUUGACGGAGCUUUGCGACAUUAUAGCAGAGAAUCCGAAGCAAUUUUCGGAGAAUUUGGCUUGGAUAUGCGGCCGUUGUCCGCAAACGGAAUCGGCGAACCCAAAAUCAACCGACAAUCAGAAACUUAAAAUUGAUUCCAAACUUCAGCAUCAGGUGAGAUUUCUUGGUGAAGCAAUGCGUUGGUACUGUAAAUUGUUUUUCGCAUGUUUUCACGAGGAUUGGUAUGAUGGUGUUUACUUUGCGGUGGAGUAUGGAUUUCUUACAAGAGAUGAUGAUUUUUAUGUUCCUGUUUUACUUCGCUGGUCUUUGAUGCAAGUUGGCCUCGGCGGCUGCAAAACAAGCAAGAAGGCAUGUGAAGAGCUGUUUGGCUCUCUGCUUUCUGGAAUUGCCAAGAUUGCAGUAGCUAGAGGAGGGCAGCCACUUGACGUGUUGCUCAUCCGACUUAAACCACUGCGCGCAGUACUGAAUGAAGUUUUUAUAUAUAUCUCUUCUCUGUUGGAACAGCCUAAUACUUUGGGAGCAACCAGGGGGCUAUGCUUGAGAGCUUAUUCAAGACUAGUUGUGAGAUUAUUGAAUCUGGCUGGGCCAAGGACCGAGCUCCAGUGGACACCUUCAUUAUGGGAUUGGCUUCAAGUAUUCGUGAAAGAAAUGAUUAUGAAGAACAGGCUGAUAGAGGAAUGCAAGCGCCUGCUGUACAGCUUAAUGUGAUACGUCUGCUUUUAAGCUAUGUCAUCUCAGGAAAAGGAAACUAAAAAAAAUAUAUGUUUUCU